GUACUUCCGGAUUAAAUUUCUACGUAAGUGGACAUUUCAUUUUUAUGAACAACACCGUCAGUUUAACACUGAUUACAAAAGAAAAUUUUAAGCAUCUUGUUCAAAGUGAUCUACAACAGACGGACCAGCCAUUUUUAUGUUUCAGUUUGUGAAAAACAAAACGACCACUUUCAUACACAUUCCACUCCAGUCAAACACGUGUAUUUUAAUAUGAACUGUGAAUGUGAUUUGUUUGUAACUUGCGAAAAACGGAAGAACAAUGACGGCAAUUGUAGCUUUUUUGGCUUCAUUUAUGCCACAGAAGUCUGUACAACACACCCGAAAAUAUGGACUUCCGCUUCCGCCAACAUUGCAUGUUACGUUGGGCCCAGAAGUCGUUGAGGGGAAAGCUGUUUUUGUUAUAGGAGAUAUUCAUGGCUGCUAUGACGAACUCUGUGAAUUAAUCCACAGAGCCACCGAUGUUGAACCUAACAUCGUAAUAGUAUGUGUUGGUGAUCUUAUUAACAACGGCCCACACAGUGCUAAUGUCUUGAAGCACGUCCAGGGACUCGGAUGUCAUGUUGUUUGUGGAAACCACGAAGAAGUAGCGCUGAGGGAGGUAACCAAUAUAAAAUGGAAUGAUGGUUAUCAGCUACCUGACAAAUAUCACUGGAUUUUGUCACUGGAUCCUUCGGACGUGCAGUUCAUCGAAUCUUUACCUUAUUCCAUCAGCAUUCCUAGUCUGAACGCCAUCAUCGUGCACGCUGGACUGGUUCCCGGAAUACUGCUAGAACAGCAACACACCAAUACUCUCGCGCAUGUUAGGAAUAUUAUCGAGGAGGAUUAUUUUGACGGAGACGGUCUAGUUCCGUGUAAUAAGCCAGACCAUGGUGUCGCCUGGUCAACCCUGUGGCCAGGACCUCAGCACGUGUAUUACGGACACGAUGCAAGACGAGGCUUCCAGAAUAAUGCGCACGCAACCUGCCUGGAUACAGGGUGUUUGUAUGGUGGUUUUCUCACUGGGAUGUUCAUUAAUAAAAGUAAACAAAUUAUACAGGUUAAAGCAAAACAGAUUUACUCUGUUGGUAAACCAGAAUAAAUCAAAGUGUUGUCUUGGUGUCCUAUGUGCAAACUGAGAUGGACGAGAGAUGUCUGCUAAAGGUUAUUUGGUUAUUUCUACACAUAUUCUUUAUGGUGAGAGAAAGAAAGGAUGAAAAAGUACAGUUAACGACGCACGUGUCUCAUUUUAUAUCUACGGUUAUAUGGUGUCAGAAUGUGGUUAAGGACUAUAUAGAUGAGACGGGGAAACCCGCUUCCACUCCUUGGGCUAUGCUUUUCCAUUAGCAGCAAAGGAUCUUUUAUAUAUAUAUAUAUAUAUAUAUAUAUAUAUAUAUAUAUAUAUAUAUAUAUAUAUAUAUAUAUGCCUUAUUCCACAGGCAGUGUAGUACAUACUUUUGUAACACUAAUUGUGGACCAGUCGCUUGAAAGACAAAUAGCUCAAAUGGGCCCACCGACGGGGAUCGAUCCUAGCUUAACCCGUUGGUGAGAGUAGCUGUCACCACAUCGGUUACUCAUAAGCUAAGAAUACUAUAUUUAUAUUUCGCCUUAGUUUGAUACACGUAUUGAUAAGGGGCCCGCUCACAGACAUUAAAAUAUUUAACGAGGUGACAAACCCUAAUAUGGGAGAUGGUUGGGAGAGGUAGACAUGCCAGUGUACGAUUUUAAAGUUAAGUAAACAUGGCGAUAUAAAUAUCACUUGCAAAAUAAAAAUUAAAAAAAUAA